AUGCAAACUAAACUUACGUCGGUAAACAACGAAGAGACAGACACUCAAACGUCAAACAUAACUCCUAUCUAUCUAUCUAUCUAUCUAUCUAUCUAUCUAUCUAUCUAUCUAUCUAUCUAUCUAAGGCUGUUGAUAUCUAUCUAUCUAUCUAUCUAUCUAUCUAUCUAUCUAUCUCCUACAUGUUCAUGUUCCCUUUCUUUUCCUUUCUCCACCCUCGCAUUCUUCCUUCUUUUCUUCUCUCCACCAUCACUUUCUCCCUUUCUUUCCUUUCUUCACCCUCACCUUCUAUCAUUUCCUCUCUCUACCCUCCUCUUCUUUCUUCUUUUCCUCUCUCCACCCUCACCUUCUUUUCCUCACUCCACCCUCAUCUCUUUCCCUAUUUUCCUCUCUCCACCCUCCCUGUCUUCCUUCUUUUCCUCUCUCUCAUUCUUCUUUAUUUUCCUCUCUAAUCUCUAUCACUUCUCUUUCUUUUCCUUCCUCCUCUCUCUGAUCCCUCUUUCUUUUCCUUUCUCCACCCUCGCAUUCUUCCUUCUUUUCUUCUCUCCACCAUCACUUUCUCCCUUUCUUUCCUUUCUUCACCCUCACCUUCUAUCAUUUCCUCUCUCUACCCUCCUCUUCUUUUUUCUUUUCCUCUCCCACCCUCACCUUCUUUUCCUCACUCCACCCUCAUCUCUUUCCCUAUUUUUCCUCUCCACCCUCCCCUGUCUUCCUUCUUUUCCUCUCUCUCAUUCUUCUUUAUUUUCCUCUCUAAUCUCUAUCACUUCUCUUUCUUUUCCUUCCUCCUCUCUCUCAUUCCUCUUUCUUUUCCUUUCUUCACCCUCCCAUUCUUCCUUCUUUUCUUCUCUCCACCAUCACUUCCUCCCUUCGUUUCCUUUCUUCACCUUCACCUUCUAUCAUUUCCUCUACCUCAAUUUUCUUCCUUCUUUUUUUCUCUCUUCAAUCCCUUCCUUUCUUUCUUUUCCUUUUCUCACCCUCACCUUCUUCCUUCUUUUCCUUUUCUCCACCAUCACCUUCUUCCUUUUUCCUUUUCUCACCUCAUCUUUUUCCUCUCUUUUCUUCCUUUCUUUUUCCUUUCUCCACCUCAUUUUUCCUCUCUCUACCUCACCUUCUUCCUUCUUUUUCUUUUCCCACCCUCACCUUCUUUUCCUUUCUUUUCUCCCCCCUCACCCUUCUUUCUUUUUUUCCUUUUCUCCACCCUCAUCUUUUCCUUUUCACCUUCUUCCUUCUUUUCCACUCCACCCUCACCUUCUUCCUUUUUUUUCCUUUUUCCACCUUCCUUCUUUUCUUUUCCACCCUCUCCUUCCUUCCUUCUUUUUUCUCCCACCCUCUUUUUUCCUCUCUCUACCCUCACCUUCUUCCUCCUUCCUUCCUUUCUCUCCCCUCACCUUCUUCCCUCUCUUCACCCCUUUUUCUUUCCUUUCCACCCUCACCUUUUCUUUUCCUUUUCCUUUCUCCACCUCAUCUUUUCCUCUCCUACCCUCACCUUUUCCUUCUUUUUUCCUUUUCCACCCUCACCCUUCUCUACCCCCUCUUUUCCUUUCUCCACCUCAUCUUUUUCUCUCUGCCUCCUCCCCUUUUCCUUUCUCCACCCUUCUUUUCCUUUCUCCACCCUCACCUUCUUCUUCCUUCUUUUCCACCCUUUUUCUUUCCCUUUCCUCUCUUUACCUCAUUCCUUUUUCUUUUCCUUUCCCCCCUCACCUUCUUCCUUCUUUCCUUUCUCCACACCUUUUUCCUCCUCUUUUCCUCUCUCCUCCUCACCUUCUUCCUUCUUUUCUCUUUCCCCACCUUCUUCCUUCUUUUCCUUUUUUUCCCCUUCUUUCUUCUUUUCCUCUCUUCACCCUCACCUUCUUUCUUCUUUUCCUUUCUCCACCCUCACCUUCUUCCUUCUUUUCCUUUCUCCACCCUCACCUUCUUCUUUUUUUCCUUUUUCCACCCUCAUCUUUUCCUCUCUCUACCCUCACCUUCUUCCUUCUUUUCCUUUCUCCACCCUCACCUUCUUCCUUCUUUUCCUCUCUUCACCCUCCCCUUCUUUCUUCUUUUCCUUUCUCCACCCUCACCUUCUUCUUCUUUUCCUUUCUCCACCCUCAUCUUUUCCUCUCUCUACCCUCACCUUCUUCCUUCUUUUCCUUUCUCCACCCUCAUCUUUUCCUCUCUCUCUUCUCCCUCUUUCUUCUUUCCUUUCUCCACCCUCACCUUCUUCCUUUUUCUCUCUUCACCUUUCUUCCUCACUUUCCUUUCUCCACCCUCACCUUCUUCCUUCUUUCCUUUUCUUCACUCCACCCUUCUUGUCUCUCUACCCUCACCUUCUUCCUUCUUUUCCUUUCUCCACCCUCACCUUCUUCCUUCUUUUCCUUCUGUCUUCUUCUUUUCUUUCCUUUCUCUCCACCCUCCCUUCUUCUUUUUUUUCUCUCCACCCCUCAUCUCCCCUCUUUCUACCUUCUUCUUCUUCUUUUCCUUUCUCCACCCUCACCUUCUCCUUCUUUACCCUCUCCUUUUUCUUCUUUUUUCUUCUUUCCUUUUCUCCUUUUCUCCUCAUCUUUCCUUUCUCUACCCUCACCCUUCUUCCUUCUUUUCCUUUCUCCACCAUCACCUUCUUUUUCUUUUUUCCUUUCUUCCCCUUUCUUUCUUCUUUUCUUUUCUCCUUUUCUUUCUUUUUCCUUUCUCCACCCUCAUUUUUUCCUCUCUUCAUCUUUCUUCCUUCUUUUCCUUUUCCCCCCCCCUCAUCUUUUCUCUCUCUACCCUCACCUUCUUCCUUCUUUUCCUUUCUCUUCACCUUCUUCCUUCUUUCUUUUCUUCACCCUCCCCUUCUUCUUUCUCCUUUCUCCCUCACCUUCUUCUUCUUUUCCUUUCUUCACCCCUCCUUCUUUCUUUUUUCCUUUCUCACCCUCCCACUUUCUUUUUUCCUUUCUCCACCCUCAUCUUUUCUCUACCCUCACCUUCUUCCUUCUUUUCCUUUCCCCACCUUUUCUUCACUUUUUCUUUUUUUCCUUUCUCCACCCUCACCUUCUCUUCCUUUUCCUUUUCCCUCCUUCUUUCUCCACCUUUCUCCACCCUCUUCUUCUUUUUCCUUUUCUCCACCCUCAUCUUUUCCUCUCUCUACCCUCACCUUCUUCCUUCUUUUCCUUUCUCCACCCUCACCUUCUUCCUUCUUUUCCUCUCUUCACCCUCUCCUUCUUUCUUCUUUUCCUUUCUCCACCCUCACCUUCUUCCUUCUUUUCCUUUCUCCACCCUCACCUCUCUUUUCCCUUUCUUCCUUCAUCUUUUCCUUUCUCCACCUCACCUUCUUUUCCUUCUUUCCACCCUCCACCCUCUUUCUUCUUUUUCCUUCUCCACCUUCACCUCCCUUCUUUCUUCUUUUCCUUUCUCCACCCUCACCUUCUUCCUUUUUUCCUUUUCUCCACCCCUUUUCCUCUCUCACCCUCACCUUCUUUCUUCUUUCCUUUCUCCACCCUCACCUUUUCCUCUUUUUCCUCCUCCACCUUCUUCCUUCUUUUCCUUUCUCCACCCCUCACCUUCUUCCUUCUUUUUCCUUCUCUACCCUCUUCCCCUCCCCCCCUUCUUCUUUUCCUUUUCUCCACCCUCACUUUUCUCUCUUCCCUCUUUUCCUUUUUUCCUCCUCCCCUCAUCUUUUCCUUCUUUCUCUCUUUUCCCUCCUUCUUUUCUUCUUUUCCUUUCUCCACCCUCACCUUCUUUUCUUUUCCUCUCCACCCUCCUCCUUCCUUCCUUCUUUUUUCCUUUCUCCACCCCUCAUCUUUUCCUUCUCUUCUCUUCCCUUCUCCACCUUCAUUCUUUUCCUCUCUCUACCCUCACCUUCUUCCUUCUUUUCCUUUCUCCACCCUCAUCUUUUCCUCUCUCUACCCUCACCUUUUUCCUUCUUUUCCUUUUUCCACCCUCAUCUUUUCCUCUCUCUACCCUCACCUUCUUCCUUCUUUUCCUCUCUCUACCCUCCUUGUCUUCCUUCUUUUCCUCUAUCCUCUCUCUCAUUCUUCUUUAUUUUCCUCUCUAAUCUCUAUCACUUCUCUUUCUUUUCCUUCCUCCUCUCUCUCAUUUACUCUUCUUUUCCUCUCCACUCUCUUGUUCAACCUUCUAUUCUUCUCUCCUCUCUCUCAUUCCUCUUUCUUUUCCCUUCUUCUCUCUCUCAUUCUUCUUUCUUUUCUUCUCUCUACUCUCUUGUUCAUCCUUCUUUUCUUCUCUCUCAUUAUUCUUUCGUUUCAUCUCUCCUCUCUCUCAUUCUUUCUUUUCUUUUCUCCACCCUCCCUUUCAUCCCCCUUUUCCACUCUCUACCACCUUAUGCUUUAUCCAUUUCUUGUCAUCCUUUAUUUCUUUUUGCUUCUUUCUUUUCUUCUCCCCUCUCUCUCAUUCUUCUCAUCCUCCUCUAUUUCUUUUUACUUCUUCCUCUCCUUUUCUUCUCUCCUCUCUCACUCUCAUUCUUCUCAUCUUCUUCCUUUAUUUCUUUUUACUUCUUUCUCUCCUUAUUUUCUUUGCAUUUUCCCAUGUUCAUUUCCCUUUCUGUUUAUUCUUUUCCCUAAUUUCCUUUUCCUUCCGUAUUUUAGCCCCCACUCGACACCUCUCUCCAUACAAAAUCACCUUCAAACGCCAGUUUCAACUACAUCUAUCUAUCUAUCUAUCUAUCUAUCUAUCUAUCUAUCUAUCUAUCUAUCUCAGUGUGUUCAUAUCUAUCUAUCUAUCUAUCUAUCUAUCUAUCUAUCUAUCUAUCUAUCUAUCUAUGUUUUACAUACGUGGCAUACUUAA